AUGUUGACAAAGAGGGCUCUCCAAAAACCAUGUUGGGAUAGAUUUUUGCUAACUGCACAGAUAAAUACGGGCAGAAGGCCGGUCACCUCUGUGACCACCGGCAGCAGCUGAAGAAGCCGCGCUUUACCUCCUCGCCCCCUCUUUCUUUCUUCUGUCUCUCUCUCUUCGCCCCCUUCUCUCCGUGUCACGCUCCCUCCUAGUUCUGCGCGUCUACAAACUUUUGAACAGAACACGAGCCUCGGCAAACAAGUCCUGCAGCUCCUCCUGCUGCUCCUGCUCGUUCCUGCGGCUUCUGCUCAGACACCAACGCCAGACGGUGAUGCCUCUCGGGUUGUGACUCCAGCGCAGAAACUUGAAGAAGCCCUUUGCCCGCCGUCCUACUUGGCAGCACACCCUCUCCUGACAGCGGUAAGAGUUGAAGGAAUGACCAUGUGUAGCGGAGCGAGGCUGGCCCUGCUGGUCUACGGGAUAAUCAUGCACAGCAGCGUCUACUGCUCACCUGCCGCCGCCGGACUCCGGUUCCCCGGGAUCAGGCCAGAGGAAGAGGCGUACGACGAGGACGGAAACCCGCUGCAAGACUUCUACGACUUGGAGCCGCCGGGCGCAGGGAGCCCCGCCUCCGCGCUGCGCGACGCCUCCGCAUUGUACUACCCCUCCGAGAGAAGAGAUGUCGCCCACGGGAUCCUUAACAAGGCCUACCGUAAAGUGCUGGACCAGCUGUCCGCCAGGAAGUACCUGCAGUCGCUCGUGGCGAAGGGCGUGGGUGGGAGCCUAGGCGGCGGCGUGGAGGAGGACGCAGAGCCGCUCUCCAAGCGCCACUCGGAUGGAAUCUUCACGGACAGCUACAGUCGCUACCGGAAACAAAUGGCUGUCAAGAAAUACUUGGCGGCCGUCCUGGGGAAAAGGUAUAAACAAAGGGUUAAAAACAAAGGACGCCGAAUAGCUUAUUUGUAGCGAUGAGUUACCAGCUACCCUGUGUAUACAGCCCUGACGCAAUGAAAAGUCGUUUUCCAAACUGACUGAACAGUCAUCGCUCGUGUGUUCUAUCCAAACAUGUAUUUAUGUAAUGAAGUAAAGCCAUUAAAUGAAUAUUUUGAUAAUAAUACUGUUUUUCUUUUUACAAAGCACUAGAGAAUGCACAGAUAUACUUUGUGGACCAAUUAUUGAUAUAUAUUAUAAAUACAUAAAAAGAAUAUAUAUAUAUAAGUAUAGAGAGAAGUUCAUACAAAGCGUGCACAAGGAUUGAAAAUUCGCCUGAGCUGUUUAUGUUUUUAUAAAAAUAAAUAGAAAAGUAGACAAUCAUUGUUUUGAAUAUUACUCCUAUUUUUGUAAACUGGAAUUAAAAGGAUAGUAUUUUUAUCCAUGACAGGCCUGAAGAUAUUACUACUAACCAUUUGCUACUGUACAUAAACAAUGAUGCCCUGCUCCAGAGAGAUUUUGAGGUGAUGAUUUGGAGAAUUACUGAAGGGCAUUCUUCCGCAGUGAGUCUCUGGGGCAGGCUGCUUCAAUCCCAGCCUAACUCAACUGGGCACUGUCCCCCUGGUUGGGUGACAAUUCCAAUAUUUCUGCUUUCUUUGAUUCUCCUUUUAUGUGUAGUUGUCUCCCUUCAGACUCUCAGCCCAGAAGAAAAUUCUCCUGAUAAAACAACAGCUCGAUCCAAAUUGUGCUUCUUCCCAGAAUUCACUCCUCUCCUUGGGGGAAGAGUUGAGGAACUGCAGAAAAGGGCGACUUCGUUAGACCGCUCUUUUUUCUGUACUUCCUGAGUUGCCAGGGAAUCUAAUAUCCCCAAAUUAGGGCAAUUGGAACAAAGUGAAGGACAUAGAAGUAUAUUGGAAGAGGCAGAGCAUGAGGUGGUAGGAGGAGGACCCUGGAAAGGGACUGGUUUGAGGUUGUCCCAGGUUUGGGAAGCUGAGGGCAAGUCCAGUCCCAAUGGUCCUGACUUUGGGCGCUGGGUAUUGGAAAUGGAUGCAAAGUACAAUGUGUUUUUCUCCAGUGCUGUCCAUGCUUCUCAUCUUGUGAAAUGGCCAGGAUCCUCCCCUUUGAAACCUGCUCUGUAGGAGCCACCCUUUUCCUUUGUGGUUUUAUGGAGACCUCUCCUUCCUAUCCUCCUGCACUGUUUAAGUACUGUUUAUCAUUUUUCAUUCACUUCUCGUAAACUUGUGAAUGCUUCUUUUUUUUUGUUUGAUGCAGGCACUUAUUGUAAAUUUCAGGAACCCCUGUGUAGCUAUUAAUAAGUAAUUAUGCACUGAAUAUGAACCCUUUGUUUCUUGUUUAUUGAGUUUGUAGGUAAAAUGUAUUUUUCUACAUUAUUGCUUAUUGCUUAGUAAAAUUUAUUUCAUAAAA